ACACAUGCGCGCGCGCCAGGGCAUCAUCGCCAUCGCUACAUUCCGCCGAUCGAUGAGCUGCUUAGGAUUGCAGGCUGCGUUGGAUUCUUGUAAUUUAUGACUUGUGGAUGAUCUCAGCAGGUUUUUGUGGUUUUGGGUUGAAGCCACCGGUUGGAAUUUCGAGGAGUUGUGGUUUCGUGAGGUCAGGAUCCAGGAGCGAAUGUGGAACAGGGGACCCGGCUGAGUGCGGUUGUUUUUUAGCUCCAUGAUUGCAAGUUGUUGGCAGUGCGAUACGUGCUGGAGUGGUUGAUGCAUCCCCGAAGCUUUUGAGUCGCAAAUUCCGCCUGGACGUUGCGGUGCUUGGUUUUGGAGCAACGCGGGUUUUGGGAGCGCGGAGAAGAGCUCGGGGAUUGAGCGGGUGUUUAGUUGGUUGGGAGGAGGUGGUACUUUGAUGGCGUUUGGAGGAGGAGGAGGAGCGUGGUAGAGGUGAUGAUUGAGUUUGCAGUGGGAGCAGCGGAGAGUGACAGAAGGGUGAUUUUGGAAGGGGGCUAUAUGAUGGGCUGUUGCUGAGGUUACCCAGGGGCGGAUUUGGCUUAAGAAGUGAUUGCGGGACGAGAACAGUAUGGGAGGGCCUUUAGAUACUCUAGGCGAGCAUCUCACUUUAGCGCGGGAGUAUGCAUUGUUAGGGAACUAUGAUACCGCUAUCAUUUUUUUUGAGGGAGUGCUCGCGCAAAUCAACAAGCAUUCAAGCAAUGUGGACGAUCCGUAUCUUCGUACUAAGUGGAAUAAAUGCAAGAAAGAUCUCAUGGAGGAAUUCAAUAUUGUGAAGCAGAUCGAUACCGAAAGGCAAGCCUUUAGGGAUGCUCCUGGUAGUCAUCCUCGGCCAUCAUCCCCGAAAAUAACGGUAUCUGCACCCCCAUUACGCCACACACAAGAACGCCAUAGGGAAGAACGAGAACCCUUCUUUCCUGUCGAAGAAAUAUAUGUGUCUCAUCCCCCAAAUCGAUCGGAUAGUUCCAGAUCGGAUCCCAAUGACGAUCCUGACGUUUGGAGACCUCCCAGCCGUGACAUUCCUUCACAGUAUGGGACCAGACGGCCAACUAAAGCAGGUCAGAUGGCAGCUGCUGCCCAAGCUAAGCGAAUGGCUGCCUACGCUAGAGGAGCAGGAGAUAGGACUGCUUCUCAGGUGGGGCGAGGGAAUAAGGUAACUCCAUCAGCUUCGUCUAAGACCAUUGGUCAGGGAGCUGGGAUGGGUGCGAAGGGAUCCUCCGUUUCUGGUACCACAGUCCCUCGCAAAAGCACUAGCAGCACUGGCCGCUCGACACCCAGCAAACGAGAAUCAUUGAAUGGAGCUCCGGAAGAGGAGGUGCCACGAGGUAUGCCCAAUAGGAAAGGGAAAUAUGAAGGCCCGGACACUGAGCUCGCGGCUAUGUUGGAAAGGGAUGUUCUUGAAAGCAGUCCUGGUGUUCGGUGGGAGCAUAUUGCGGGUCUCACCGAAGCAAAGCGUUUGUUGGAGGAAGCUGUGGUUUUACCACUUUGGAUGCCUGAAUAUUUCCAGGGAAUUCGGCGCCCGUGGAAAGGAGUGUUGAUGUUCGGUCCACCCGGUACUGGUAAAACACUUCUAGCCAAAGCAGUGGCAACAGAGUGCGGGACCACUUUCUUUAAUGUAUCAUCCGCAACACUGGCUUCCAAAUGGCGAGGGGAGAGUGAGCGCAUGGUGAGAGUCUUGUUUGAUCUUGCCCGUGCCUACGCUCCUAGCACAAUAUUCAUUGAUGAGAUCGAUUCGCUGUGCAAUGCCCGUGGUUCAUCUGGAGAGCAUGAAUCAUCGAGACGAGUGAAAUCAGAGCUGUUGGUUCAAGUGGAUGGUGUGAAUGGUACAAGUGAGGAUGGUGAAAAGAAAAUUGUGAUGGUGUUAGCAGCGACAAACUUUCCUUGGGACAUUGACGAAGCACUUAGGAGGCGACUCGAAAAGAGGAUUUACAUUCCUCUGCCAGUAGAAGAGGGUCGGCGAGAACUUAUUCGGAUCAACCUUAAAGAUAUUGAGGUUGCAAAGGAUGUGGAUAUAGAUGCUCUGGCAAAGCGCACUGAGGGGUAUAGUGGUGACGAUCUAACCAACAUUUGUAGGGAUGCAUCCAUGAAUGGUAUGCGGCGCAAGAUUUCUGGCAAAACUCCUGAAGAGAUUAAAAACAUGACCAAGGACGAGAUGUAUGAGCCAGUGGCUAUGCGUGACUUCGAUGAAGCUCUAAGCAAAAUCUCUAGAAGUGUGUCUACUGCAGAUAUUGAGCGACACGAAAAGUGGCUAGCCGAAUUUGGGUCUUCAUGAGCUUCUGAUGUAAACGAUGGAGCUGAAGACUUCAACGUGCACCCAUUAUUUGAACUUUGUUACUCAUGUGGCCGUUUUAGGCUUGCGGUCGGUAGCAGUACGCUCGUUCUGAAAUUAUGGAGUUUGAAGAGAGUUUUUAUUUUUCUUUUUUUCCCUCAAACCAUUUCAGCUCAGUGCCUCUCGGUGUUCUCCUGUAAUCAUACUCAUUAUGACAUGGCGGGCAGGCUUGUACAAAGAUAAGUUUUUGCACAUUGCUGGUGAUGAGACCUUGGUCGUAUUUUGGAAAUCUCCGGACUAGGUUUUGAGUAGAUCCUUCAGUAUACACGUACCCACCAGGAACCUUAUCCUUGAAGAGUUGGGAAGCUCAAGGGUAUUUCGGUUAUCAUUUGAUUCCCUAUGCGUUCACUUAAAUUUAUUUUUAAAUGUUGUAUUUGUGCGAUCUUGUAUUAGUUUCAUUACACAGAAGUUUUAGAAAUGAGAUAUUGUAGGGUAGAAUGGUCAGUGAAAUGGAAUGGUGUAGGGUAGCAUCUAGGUUAGGUGUAAGAAGCUCCAUUUUAUGCGUACAUAGUGGAAACAUAAUUUGAUGAUGACGUUUACACGAAA